AUGCGUUACAUUAAGAGCUUAAAAAACUGCGCCAAAAACGAUUUUAAUAUAGCUCCACAAUUCGAAAAAUCAAUGAAAAUGUGUAAAAAUGCGGUGCGUAAAGCACAGCCGACUGGAUCGGUACGACCUAUGAAGCAAAAAAGAACAAAAUAA